UAAAGUUUUGGUUUUGUCAAUAAUGACAAUGUCUUCGUUUUUUGCAACGUUUGUGAAAAUCUUAUUUUAUAUUUUUUGAUUUUUACAUACUUAUAUACUAUUUUUGGAAAGGGAAAGGAAUGUGUUUUUUAACGAUGUCGCGGUUUAGUAAAUGGUUGAAUACAUACCAAGUAAAACACAAUGUUCCUUUUCGCUCCAUGGCCACUUUAAGAGAACUUAAAGAUCGUUUAACUUCUGUUGGCAAUAUUGGUAAAAUAGCAAAGUCAAUGAAAAUGGUUGCUACAGUUAAAUUUGCGAGGGCUGAAAGGGAAGCUAAAGAAGCUGCAGUAUUGGGUAAAGCCGCAACUGAUUUUUUUCCUAAAAUAGAGGCAAAGGAACUUGAACACCCAGAUAAACCUCCAAAAAAAGUUUUAUUUGCCGUAACAUCCGAUAGAGGGCUCUGUGGCGGGGUUCAUAGUAGUGUAGCUAAAAAGGUCAUGCAACUCAUUGAUUCUACAUCAGAUAAGAAAAAUAUUAUGGUAUUCUGUGUUGGAAACAAAUCGAGAUCUAUUAUGCAGAGAUAUUAUCCAAAAAAUAUUUUAUUUGCGGCAGUCAAUAUCGGCAGGGUGCCGGCUGUGUUUGGUGAUGCAGCAAAACUGAUUAACGCGGUUCUUCGUUCUGAUUAUGAAGUCGAUUAUAAUUAUAUUGUUCAUAAUCGUUACGUUUCGAUGGUUUCAUUUAAAACAACUGUAACCCCAUGUUACAGGUAACAGAAAUUAAUACUUUUUAAGUGA